AUGCGCUUGCUCUCACUUUCUUUUGGUGUGGCCGCUGCCGUUGUUCAGGUGGUCACUGCCUCUCCAGCUCGCAUCGAUGGUUGUUCCCUUGUGAAGACUGCCGGCGAUGCCGCGGCCAUUAAGGGCUGGUAUAUGCAGUCGACGGCCGAGGCUUCCAGUGACAUGCUCGCCGUGUCACAGCCUGGCUUCGACGUAUCGUCGUGGUACCGUGUUGGUAGCCGGGGAACUGUCAUGGCCGGGCUUCUCGAGAACAAUGUCUAUAACGACACAGCCCUAUUCUUUUCCGACAACUUGAAGACUAUGGUCGACAAAUCUCAGUUCGACGUACCUUGGCUUUACCGCGAGGAGCUCACCUUCGACCCGGCGGCUAACCAGCGUUACUUCCUCGAGACACACGGCAUAUCCUCCAAGGCAGACCUGUACCUUAACGGGAAACAGCUUGCAUCCAAGGAAACUCUUGCGGGGGCGUAUGGCGGUGAGAAGUUCGACAUUACCCAGCACCUGCUGAAGGGAAAGAACGCCGUCCUAAUCCGCGCCUAUCCAACCAACUAUCUUAAGGAUUUUGCUCUAGGCUACGUCGACUGGAACCCAUACCCACCGGACAAUGGGACGGGUGUCUGGCGUGAGGUCUUCGUCUCACAGACUGGACCAGUGUCACUGUUGAAGCCCCGCGUUGUUACUGACUACAUAGGCAAUGCCGUCAGCAGCGUAACAGCUACCAUCAACAUUGUCGUGAAGAACAGCGGGGCCACAUCAGUCAAGGGCACGCUUAAAGGCUCGGUCGGUCAGCCUUCCGGCGCAAAUAUUCCUAUCUCGGCUUCCUACACUCUCAAAGCCAAUGAAACCAAGACCGUCACACUGACAGCCCAGAUCAAAGACCCUCAGAUCUGGUGGCCAAAAGCAUGGGGCGCGCAACCCCUCUAUUCGCUCAAUCUCGCCGCCUAUAUCGGAUCUGAGGUCUCCGACCGCGCCGCCCAACGCACCUUCGGCGUCCGCCAUGUGACUUCCUCGCUCAACUCCCACCAGGACCGCGCCUUUGCCGUUAACGGGCACCCUUUCCUCGUCACCGGUGCCGGCUACUCCGCCGACAUGUUCCUGCGCUUUGACCCGGCCAAGCUUGUGCAGCAGUUCGAGUAUAUUCUCGAUAUGGGCCAGAACACCGUGCGUCUCGAGGGGAAACAGGAGCACCCCGAGCUGUACGAUAUCGCCGACCGCAUGGGCAUGAUGGUGCUCACUGGAUGGGAGUGCUGCGAUAAGUGGGAGGGUUGGACAUAUAACGAUGAGGCCGAGGGAGUGAAGUGGGUUGACGCUGAUUAUGUGACUGCAGCAAAGCAGAUGGAGCACGAGGCAUAUAUGAUGCAGGGCCAUGCCAGCUUACUUGGUUUCCUUGUUGGCAGUGACUUCUGGCCUGAUGAGCGCGCCUCGCCGAUCUAUGUCAAUAAGUUGAAAGAGCUUGAUUGGGAUGUUCCUAUCAUUGCUUCUGCAUCACUGAGAGGAUUUCCUGAGAAUUUGGGGUCCUCGGGCAUGAAGAUGGAAGGCCCUUACGACUGGGUUCCCCCGAAUUACUGGUAUGACACCCAAUACGGCGCCGCCUUCGGCUUCGGCUCCGAACUUGGCUCUGGCGUCGGCACCCCUGAGCUCUCAUCUCUUAAAAAGUUCCUCACCGAGUCCGAUAUGAACGAUCUCUGGACCGCCCCCGACAAAGGUCUGUACCACAUGUCUACCAUCGAAUCCUCCUUCUACGAUCGCAAAAUCUACAACGAUGCGCUCUACGCCCGCUACGGUGCCCCCACUUCCCUCGAUGACUACCUCCUCAAGGCCCAAGCCAUGGACUACGAAGCCACGCGCGCCGAAUUUGAAGGGUACUCCGCGCUCCAGAGUGCCAAGCGCCCCUCCACGGGUAUCAUCUACUGGAUGCUCAAUAAUGCCUGGCCCAGCCUCCACUGGAACCUGUUCGACUACUACCUCAAGCCUGCUGGAUCGUACUUUGGCGCAAAAGUCGGCGGGAGGGCGGAGCACGUUGCAUUCGGAUAUGGCAGCGCGAAGGGCGAUGUGUGGCUUAUUAACCACACGCUUGAUAAGAAGGGGUCGAGAACUAUUAAGGUUGACUUGUUGAGCAAAGAUGGCAAGACCUUGGUUUCGCGCUCGGUAGAGGCGACUACAACGCCCAACUACUCGCAGAAAGUGGCUACUAUCCCCCAAGCGACAGCUUUAACGGACGCUGCUUUCCUUCGCCUCAUGCUGAGUGAUGCGGCUGGCAAGGUGUUGAGUAGGAACGUAUAUUGGCUCGCGCCGACAGUGGAUAAAUUGGACUGGGAUAACUCGACGUGGUUCUACACCCCUGUCACGAAGUUCGCGAGUUACAAGUCACUCGCGACAAUUAAGCCGGCGAAUUUGAGUGCUACGGCAGGGAAAGCGGCUAUAGUGGAUGGGAAGGUGAAGGUGGACAUCACGCUGGUGAAUAAGGCCGCUGUGGCGGCGUAUUUUGUACGUCUUGAGCUGAGGGAUGGGGAGGGCGAGGAUGUGCUACCGGUGGUGUGGUCGGAUAACUAUGUUACGCUAUGGCCGGGUGAGAAGGUGGUGUUGAGUGUUAGUUGGGCGGCUGGAGGGGCGGGGAGUGGGCAGAGGAAGGUUGAUAUUUCGGGGAUUAAUUUUGAAGGUGUUGAGGCGGUGGUGGUGAAGUAG